AUGAGUAAAUCAAACACCUUGAGCAAAUACAAAAUUGUGUUUCUUGGGGAACAGGGUGUUGGUAAAACUUCAUUGAUUACAAGAUUCAUGUAUGAUACAUUUGAUGACAACUAUGCAGCCACAAUAGGUAUUGAUUUUUUAUCCAAAACAAUGUAUCUUGAUGAUAAAACUGUUAGAUUACAACUUUGGGAUACCGCUGGGCAAGAAAGAUUUAGAUCAUUGAUCCCUUCAUAUAUAAGAGAUUCUCACGUUGCUGUUAUUGUUUAUGAUAUAACUUCCAAAAAAUCGUUUGAUUUGGUUGAUAAAUGGAUUGAAGAUGUUAAAAUUGAAAGAAAUGAUAAUGUGGUGUUAUGUUUAGUAGGGAAUAAAAAUGAUUUAGUUGAUAAAAGGCAAGUUUCUAUAGAGGAUGGUGAGAAAAAGGCAAAUUUCUUAAACUGCGCAAUUUUCAUAGAGACUUCAACAAAAUUGGGUUACAAUGUUAAAAAUUUGUUCAAAAAGAUUGCAAAAAGCUUACCAGAUUUUGACGAAACAAAAGACAACCAACCAGAAAUGAUUGAUAUUUCAAUUGAUACAAAAAAAGAAGAUGAGGCUCAAUGUCAAUGUUGA